AACGGUUCUGGGAGCGCGCGCACCUGCCAGAGAUGAAUGAACGUUACCUGGCAGUUAGGGGAUAGAAGAAAAAAAGUCCAACAACCAUUAUGAAAAGAUUCAAGACCUAUUAAUUGACACAAUUACAUGCUAAUAAGUGGCGUAGCGAAGUUUGCUUUAACAGUUAUUCUGCUUAAUUUGGGAGAAAGGGCAAACUGGUGGAAGCCAGCACAGUGAAUGGAAACAUGGAGCAGCCGAUCUACACCACCAGGGCCCAUGUCUUCCAAAUCGACCCAACUACCAAGAAGAACUGGGUUCCUGCCAGCAAGCAGGCUGUCACUGUCUCCUAUUUUUAUGACAGCACGCGUAACAGCUACCGCAUUAUCAGUGUCGAUGGAACCAAGGUCAUCAUCAACAGCACAAUCACACCCAACAUGACGUUCACCAAGACAUCACAGAAGUUUGGCCAGUGGGCCGACAGCAGGGCCAACACCGUGUUUGGAUUGGGCUUCGCUUCAGAGCAGCAGCUCACAAAAUUUGCUGAGAAGUUCCAGGAGGUAAAAGAACAGGCUAAGCUAGCAAGGGACAAAUCUCAAGAGAAGGUGGAGACAUUGAGUAAUCACUCCCAGUCGGAAUCUGGUCGUGAUACACCCUCAACCAACCAGGCAUCCAGCAUUAAUGGGACAGAUGAUGAGAAAAUCUCUCACGUCGGUCCGGAGGCUGCUCUCCUACAGAGUGAGAAUGAACGUCUCAAGAGUGCAGUAGAGCAGAGCAACACCAACGCCAAGAAGUGGGAAACAGAGCUUCAGACUUUAAGAGAAAAUAAUGCCAGGCUGGUGGAUGCACUGCAGGAGUCUUCAGCUAAUGUAGAGAGCUGGAAGAAACAGCUUAGUGCCUGCAAGGAGGAGAGUGACACGCUCAGGAACAAGAUUGCUGAACUAGAAGCCCAGUGCAAUGAAGCCAAUCAAGAGAGACAGAAAAACGCCCAGCUGACUGUGAGGGUAAAGGAGCUGGAGGCUGAGCUACAGGAAAAGGAGCAGGAGCUGGAGAACUUGAGGAAGCAGGCAGAAAUAAUCCCUCAGCUCAUGUCGGAGUGUGAGAGCAUCACUUCGAAACUGCAGGCUGCAGAGACAAGAAACAAGGAGCUGGAGGGGAGAAUAGAGGGUCUUCAGCUGGACAUAGACGACAGCCGACAAAAGCAAGGAAACAUGAAGAUCGAGCUGAAGAAGUUGAUGGAUGUUCUAGAUGGAAAGCUAGAUGAGCUGCAAGAGUUCAGGCAGGGGCUGUCUAAGCUGGGUGCUGAUAACUGAGGAAAAGUAGCACUGAGCUAAAAGGGUCGGAGGUCAGGUACGAAGGAUUCACUACAGGGCAGAAACUGUGUGGCACCUAUUCCCCCAAGGUGACGUCCACACAGACACAAUUCAGCUUUGGCUUCUAAUAAACACUACCUUGUGAGAAAGAUGUUUUUGAGAGAGGGAGAGAGAGACUGGCAGACUAAAAGGAGGGAGGAAGGCCAGUGCACUCCACCAAAUGGCUCAAUUUCGUGUGCUGGCAUUGCAAAACUAAAUCAAGAGUCACACUUUGAGCUUACUUAACCGUUUCUGUGGGGGAAAAACAGGUUUAAAAAGCCGGUGGUGGGUUCUUAGAUUCUGUCCAUCUGUCUUUCUUCUGUUUUGUUUUUUUUCCUGAAGGCAGCACUUCUGCACAAGGAAGUCUGAGCUUAGAGUAGAGGAGGGGACUUAAAGGGCUAAAAUGAACAACAGAGACAAUGCUGCUCAGCAUCACUCAAGUAAUAAUUGGUGUUAAUCUUUGUGUCCCGCUCGAGAAUUAAAGAUGAAAUCUUUGUACAGGCUGUCCUCGCUGUUGCCUCUCUUCUAUCUCAGGUGUGUUGGAAGACAGUUUGUACUUAUUAGAUUAUAUGCACAUAUGUGACAAAUGGCCGUGACACAAAGUGCCUCCAGGUGAGCUUAAACCUACCUGGUGAGGAGAACUGGCCAAUCGAUGACCAUCACCAUAAUAACAACUUUUCUUUUUCUUUUUUUUUGUUGAGGAAACCUGAAGAUACAUUAAAAUUCUUGCUAAUAAACUGAGAUGAAAAAGGAGACAAGCAUGCACACCCCGAGGAUGUUAAUGAGAUGAGAAACGUAAAUGAUGAAAGCCAUGUUUAAAAAUAAAUAAAUAAAUAAAAAUUAAGAGCCCUCAGCUGACUUUAUCAACUCUCUUUUAUGUAAACACUUUUUUGAUUAGAUUAAAGAAGGAAAAAACUUUUCCCGGGAGCUUUCCUUCCAGAACAUCCAGAAUAAUAUUGGGAACCCCGUAUAGCCAUGAGUGUAGUGUUUAAAGGACUUUGUGUGUGCGCGCAGUAGUAUUGCUCAUUUGCAGAACAAAGAUGUCUCCAAGGCUCUCGAUGUGCUUCCUACACACUCGGUUUUUGUUAUGGUGGUGGUUAUUUUUGGGUGAGGGGACUUGGUGCUGCUCGAUGGGUGGAUGAUGUGAAAGUGUACUUCACUUUAGAUGGCAUGGGGCUUUUCACUAAAAACUUGUCAAAAUUUUGUUUUGUUUUUUGCAAGGGGAGAGGGAUGUUUUAUGCAUUUAUUUAUUUUUGGUGCCUCUCUACAACGACCAUUUUUAGAACGUAAGAAGUAAAUCAACCUUAACCUAAUGUCUCCACGGGUGUACGAUAACAUAUUAAAGAAGUCAGGAGGUUUUCAGGAUGGUGCCACAGCUGCUUCUAGGAAGUCCAUCUUGAAACUUGCUCCAUUUGAAAUCAAAGGCACAUGUUGAAGUGACAUAUUUACUCUAUAAUACUAAGUCUUUAUUUUUCAUCAGUUUCAAUCUUGUCUUAAAGUUGAGAUAUCGAAUGAAGGGAUUUUUUUUUUUCUUUUUCUGUUUUGCCCUCCUGUUUGUAACUCACCUGAAUCUGGAUAACACGAUGUAUGAUCCUUCCUUUUGAACCGAUGCCUCUUGUGCACUUUUGUGAUUCCUGUUCAAUAUUGUACAAUAGAACUGACAAUUGGUAAAAUUUAGUUUAAUUACA